GCCGCCGGCGGCCAUAUUGUCUGUGGGCGCGGGCGCUUCCCCCUUCACCCGGAAGCGGAAAUAGGAUACGAUUUCCCCCCCCCAUUUCCGGCUGUGGCGAGGCCAGUCGGGGAUCUUUUCUUCGGGGAGGCAGCGGCCGUGACAAAGGGGCGAUGGACAGCGAGUUCUCGGACGCGGAGGCGGGCCCGGGGGGGGAGGAGAACGCUCCCGUUUACUGCGUGUGCCGCAAACCUGACAUCAACUGCUUCAUGAUUGGGUGUGAUAACUGCAAUGAGUGGUUCCACGGCGACUGCAUCAACAUCACCGAAAAGAUGGCCAAGGCAAUCCGGGAGUGGUACUGUCUGCAGUGCCGGGAGAAGGACCCCACCUUGGAAAUCCGUUACCGGCACAAAAAAUGGCGGGAGAAAGAGCGAGAGCACGAGAGCGUCAAGGCCCAGGAGCUGGCGCUGGAGCAAGGACGGGCCGCCAAGAUCAAGCGAUCGGCACGCAUGUGCGGGGAGUGCGAGGCGUGCCGGCGCCCCGAGGACUGCGGGCAGUGUGAUUUUUGCCGUGACAUGAAGAAAUUCGGGGGCCCCAACAAGAUCCGCCAGAAGUGCCGCUUGCGGCAGUGCCAGCUGCGUGCCCGAGAGUCCUACAAAUACUUCCCCACCUCGCUGGCACGGGGGCGCGAGGGGGAACUGGAGCUGCUGAAGGAGCAGCUGGGGGCGGCGGGGCCCCCCGAGAGCCUCUCGGACGAGGAGCUGCCGCUCGACCCCCGGCUCUACCAGGAGCUCUGCGCCGGCGCCUUCGACGAGCACGGCCUGCCGUGGCUCAGCGACCCCGAGGACGCCCCCUUCCUUGACCCCGUCCUGCGCAAACGCGCCGUCAAGGUCAAACACGUCAAGCGGCGGGAGAAGAAAUCGGACAAAAAGAAAGAGGAGCGGUACAAGCGGCACCGGCAGAAGCCGCGGCACCGGGAACGCAGCCGGCACCCGGAGCGCCCUGACGCCCGCGAUCCCGCCGGAUUGGGCCAAUGCCUGGGCCCCGGCUGCACCCGCCCCGCCCGGCCCCCCUCCAAGUACUGCAGCGAGGCCUGCGGUGUCAAGCUGGCCGCCAACCGGAUCUACGAGAUCCUUCCGCAGCGGAUCCAGCAGUGGCAGCAGAGCCCCUGUGUGGCAGAGGAACACGGGAAGCGGCUGCUGGAGCGGAUCCGACGGGAGCAACACCAGGCCCGGCUACGGCUGCAGGAGAUGGAACGGCGCUUCCACGAGCUCGAGGGGCUGAUCGCCCGUGCCAAGGGUCACCCACCCCGCGAGGAUGAGGAGAGCACCGAGGGUGACAGCGAGGACACGGACCUGCAGAUCUUCUGUGUCUCCUGCGGCCACCCCAUCAACCCCAAGGUGGCCCUGCGUCACAUGGAGCGCUGCUACGCCAAGUAUGAGAGCCAGACCUCCUUCGGGUCCAUGUACCCCACCCGCAUCGAGGGCGCAAGUGCCACCGUCACUACUGCUGGGAGAAACUGCGCCGUGCCGAGGUGGACCUGGAGCGUGUCCGCGUGGUGGGUGCUGCACCCCCCUGAUGACCCUGGUGGUGUCCCCGUGUCCCGACAGUGUCCCCAUGUCCCCGGUGAUGUCCCUGAUGGUGUCCCCCGUGUCCCUGACAGCAUCCCCAUGUCCCCCAGUGAUGUCCCUGAUGGUGUCCCCCGUGUCCUUGACAGUGUCCCCAUGCCCCCAGUGAUGCUCCCACAGGUGUCCCCCAUGUCCCCAGUG